CUGAGACGUGACGAUCAAAGUGUUGUUUGGUGCCUAAAGUGGUCGGAUGUUGAAGACCUUUCAUUUGCGCAGAUGCCAGUAAGUCCUAUUCAAAAAAACCUUGAGAUCGAAGUGCGAACCCUGGAGUAAGAAAAACCUUGGCGUUGACUUGCGUUGUUUGUUGGACUGUUCAAUUAUCCUGGUUGCACAGCAAAUUUGUCGGUUACCAUGCGCUGAGGGCCUGCAUGUGGAGACAUUUGCAAGAUAAACGAUUGAGAACGUUAGAUAGUCCAGAAAGAUGGACAAACUCACCGUGCCAGAAGUUCGAUUUCCAACUUCACCUGUUUUGAGGCCAGCUAGUAGCGUCCGAUCAGGAGCCCCUAGUAGCGUCCUUGCUCCUAUAGUAGUAAGGCCAGGAGCGCCUAGUAGCUUCUGGUUCCUAGUAGCGAUGCCAAUAGAAAUAUUUGCCUGCAGUACAACGAUCCUGAGCUUUUCACCCUUCAGCAUGGCCAUUCCGAUGUAGGCCGUGGGCGGCCCUUCCACGGCCCGUUGUGCCACGAUCCUCCUCCCCUUCCACGAUGGCUCAGGUGUCCGGUUUGGGCAGAACAUAGUUGUGUACACCUUGGUCAGUGACGGACUGAGAGACUUUGAUCGUCCCAUGGCGCUGCGGCUGUUCUGUACCUUCAUCGACGUUCAAGACGUCGCCGUCCCAGACUCCGCCCGAACGUCCAGGAGUCUACCAUGCCCACGCAGGAGUGCAAACGCAUCAUUCAAGGGUGAGUCAGAGUAUGUGGCAACGUUGCUUGAAAGGUCUGCGACCAAAUUCUGUGGAUUGUCGGAGGUCAAAGAUGCGGAGGGUGAGAAGGUGGAGACGCUCACGGUGGAUCCACCCGAAGACACUCACGAACAUGUGAAUGUGGGCUCGGUUGGCCAUCCGAUGAUGUGCCGCCGGCCUUGUGCUCGCUUCGUGAAGGGCGAGUGUACCUCGGGUGCCGAUUGCAACUAUUGUCACCUGCAGCAUGAAGGUGCGAUCAUGUCGCUCGAUAAGCGCCAGCGGAAGCAAAUUCAGAACAUGGAUCUGGCCGAUCUCGUGGCCAUGCUCCUCCCGCCGCUCCGCGCAGCCCUGGCCGAGCUGCCCACCCGCCCAGCAGGACGCCUGUUGGCGGCUGUGCAGGCCCAGGCGGCAGCACAGGCUCCGGUACCCGACUGCUUGCUGGAGCGAAGAUUGCGCAGAAUGUCGUUGCCAGCUCUCCUGUCUUGCAUCCCCGCACAACAUGGCGACUUUCGUGCCGUGCUGCAAGAACACAUCGACGAGAUUCGUCGUGAGAUGCCAGUCACUGUCAGCCAGACCGUCCGAUGUGGAACGUUCUGAAGUUAUUUGUUUUUUUUUUCCCGUGAAACGGGUUGUGGAAACCACCAACGUGCAUAUGCUGCUCGUUGGAACCGUUUUAUGUGAAUGUCUUUAACGACAGCUCGAGGGUGGAAGCCAUCCGAGACGUGUGGAGCGCCUUCGACGCGCACCCCCAGAGCGUUGAAGAUCGUUGAAGUCGCCAGGCGUCCUGCCUGACUCCAGGCGUCUAUUGGACUCUGAUUUCCAU